AUGAAUUAUUGUGCCUUAGAAUUUAAACAUGAAGAUAUUUUAUAUGAUCCAUUAUUUUCAAAAGUUAUAUCAAAAUUAAAAAAUCAAUUUGGAGUGAUAAUGUUAAAUAAGUAUGCUGUUGAUAUUACAUUAAAUUGGAUGUGUAACGUUAAAGAGUUUGUAAAUUUUGAGGAAGAAAUAUUAUUUUUUACAUUAGAUUAUGAAUCAAAAAAUGAACUUCAAUCUAGAUAUCCAAAUUUAAAUAUUUAUACAUGGGAGAUUGAUUGCCUAUCUGAAACAUUUUCUUUUGGUGAUAGUAAAUAUAUGAGUUUUUUUCUUUUACGUACAACAAUUAUAAAAACAUUAUUAAGUUUAAAAAAAACUUUUUGGAUGUUACAAGCAGAUACAAUAUGGAAAGAAUCAAUUUUUAAAAUAUUUAAAAAAAAUUAUAUUGAUGUAACUGAUUAUAGUGUUUUCCUUGAUCAAUCUGGUUAUGAUGGAUCGGAUAGAAAUAGGAAAGAAGUUAUGAAUGGUGCAAACUUUUUAAUUGUCUAUAACAAUGAAACAAGACAAUUUAUAGAUGAUCUUUAUUGGUAUCAGUCAAACUUUUAUGUCACAGAUCCUGAUGCUAUAAAAUUAAUGUGCGUAAAUACUUUAUACAAAUGUAAAUUUAUUGAUCAUAGAUAUAUAUCAGGAUGGGAAUGGGUAUAUGGAAAUCAAACAAAUCCACCUGCUCUUCUUCAAAUGGAUGGUGAAACAGAAGGUGGAAAAAUUGUAACAAUGAAAAGAUAUAAUAUGUGGUUUUUAAAUAAAGAUAAAUCAUGUAAUAUAGGUAAAGUUAAAAAUCUUCAAAAAAUGUUAAAAAAUGGAAAUGUACCAAAAUUAUUUUCAAAAUCAAAAUUAAAACAAAAGUUUUUAUUAUACAUAGGACAACUAUUAUCUAGUUUACCAAUAUUUGGACGAUGGUAUAAAAUUUAUGGUGGCCUUCCAUCACUUACAUUGCAAUUCUUUUAA